CUAUUUACCAAUCAAUUCUACUAUAAUUCAUUGGCUAUGCAAAUUUUCUUUGUUCUAAAAUUCUUAUAUAUAUAUCUAUUAAGUGAAAUGUCCCUUGGCACUUGAAAUCUUAAUACUAAUAAUACAUGUACGUGUUAAAAUGGAUAUUAUUUUGACCGAGACUAAUAAGGGAAAAAGAAGCCUUGUUUGUGACAGUUUCCGAUAUAGAGUGGACAAAACACUAAAAGGAGAAGAAAUAUCCUGGAGAUGUACAGCAAAAGGUUGCAAAGCAAGACUGAGGACGGAUUGUACCGGAACCGUUAUAAUUCAACAGAAAAAUACUCAUAACCAUGAUACCAGUGAUCGUGACAAUGAACGUCACUUGCUGCGGGUACGAUCAAAAAGAAAAGCGGAUGAUGAUAUUGCUCAACGUCCUUCAAAAAUUCAAAAAAAUCUUUUUGUUGGUAAACUCCUGUAUGUAAACACUGCUGAGGUACCUAGACCUAGAACCUCCAGUUAUGGUAAAAAAAUGCUUAGAUUUGAGGCAGCACAAGUAUGGAAGGAACUCACGUCCUAA